AUGCGCUUCGAGCUCCUCCUUCUUCAGCGCUUGCUUGAACUUGAGCUGCGCAAUGGUCAUGACGGUUUUUGCGCGUCCAGCAUCAUCGUUCUGCGCCAUGGCUACGGACGCGCGCCUUCCUCUGCGACGGCACCCCUCGUGUUCACCAAUCCCAUCACUGUUUCCUCCGCCAUGUCAAACGAUGCCAUCCAGGACGAACUCACUUCAAUAAAUUCAAUCUUCGACGAGGGAACACUCUCGCCAAUCGAUGAAGAUGCUAGAUUGUUCAGUUUGAGGCUGCCUUCCCUCACCUCAGUGACUAUACGCAUCGAAUUCCCUGCAGACUAUCCCGACGCUCCGCCAUCAAUAUUGGGCACACAGAGCGUAGGCCAAGAUGUCCCUAAGGGAAUGGGUAGUCGUGCAGUCGAGAUCAUAAGAGAUGUUUUGGCGGAGGUGUACCGACCGGGCGAAGCAUGCAUCUACGACCUUAUAGAAGAAGUAAGAGAAGCCCUAGAGAAAGCAGAAGAGCAAGGAGAUUUACAUUUAUCGGAUCAUAUGGAUGAGCAACAUGUAGAAGAGAAAGAACCCCAGCAUCUAUCGCCGGAAAACGCAGACUUAGGGCCAGAGCCACCCUGGAUCAUUGCACCACCCAUCUCUGAAAAGAAAUCUGUCUUCCUCGCGCGUGUCGCUCCUGUUUCCUCCCCAUCCCAGGCCAAACAAUGUUUGGCACAUCUCCUUACCACCGACAAGAAAGCCGCCCGCGCUACUCACAACAUGACUGCAUGGCGUAUCAGAGGCCCGAAUGACACCAGCUAUCAGGACUGCGAUGAUGAUGGAGAGACUGCCGCUGGAGGGCGCAUGCUGCACCUGAUGCAGCUCAUGGAUGUGUGGGAUGUAAUGCUUGUAGUCACCAGAUGGUAUGGAGGUGUUCACCUUGGCCCGGACCGUUUUCGUAUCAUCAACACUGCGGCAAGAGAGGCGCUCGUCUUGGGAGGCUUUACCAAGGAGAGCAAGGACGGAGAGCCCAAGAAGAAAGGCAAGAAGUGAUUAAUCGUGCGGCAGAUGUCGACUACAAAUAUCGAAGUUGGCUAGAAAGUGCCACAAUACACAAUCAUCAUUUUCACACACAACAUAAUGCUCGCCCUGCCUUCAGCCACAGCAUAGCAUGUCUGCAUACCAGUUUCCAUUCUGCACGAAUAGUUUGUCUUUGGCAAGUCGAGUGGUCAUGACGACACGUGAGACUAACUUGUGCAUCUACGCAACCCACGAUACUUUUUCGCGACCUUGACGUGCUGACGUUAUACCCUGG